CAUCUUCUCAAGAAAAGAAAAAAAAAACUUUUAAAAACAAACAUGUGCAAAAUUGUUACCAAACAUUGCUUAAAUGUAAAAUAACUAAAUUACUACUUUAACCAACAAUUUGCAAAUAUCUCUUUCAAGUUCUAAUAUGAUAAUACUAGUCCUAUAGUUUAUACAAAUUUCAUUCCAACAAACAUGGUGAAACUACAAUACAACAACAACACUAUUGUAGCAGAAGAAUCCACCAUUCCUCUUCUACCUUCAAAUUCACCAACAAACAAACCACCAAAAGACAAAUGGCACUUAGCAUACAUAAUCUACUUAACACUUGGCAUAGGUUACUUGUUCCAAUGGAACGCAUUCAUCACAGCCGUUGAUUAUUUCUCUUAUCUUUACCCUGAUGCCAGUGUUGACCGAAUCUUUGCUUUUGUUUCCUCACUAGCUAGUUUUAUUGGUCUCAUCCUCAUAAUCCUUAAUGGACACAAAUCUUAUGCUUAUGUUAGGAUCAAUGUUGGAUUAGCUUUGUUUAUUGUUUCACUUCUUGUUGUUCCUUUGCUUGAUGCUGUUUAUGUUAAGGGUCGUGUUGGAUUGUAUAAUGGGUUUUAUGUUACUGUUGCUGUUGUUGGUGUUUCUGGUUUGGCUAAUGCUUUGGUUCAAGGAUCUAUUCUUGGGUCUGCUGGUGAAUUGCCGGAGAGGUACACACAGGCUGUCAUCGUUGGGAGUGCUGCUUCUGGGGUGCUCGUUUCUUUCUUGAGGAUAUUUACAAAAGCUGUUUACACACAAGAUGCCUCUGGCCUGCAAAAGAGUGCAUAUCUCUACUUUGCUUCAUCAAUUGUGAUUAUGUUCAUAUGCAUGGUUUCAUACAAUCUAGCACACAAACUUCCCAUUAUGAAGUACUAUAACGAACUAAAAAUUCAAGCAGUCGCUGUGGAAAAAGACAAUGGCCCUUUGACUGGAUCUGUCUGGAGAUCAACUGUAUGGGAUACCGUCGGAACAAUCAAGUGGCACGGGUUUGGCAUCAUGCUGAUUUAUGUUGUGACGCUUGCAAUAUAUCCCGGUUACAUUACUGAGGAUGUCCACUCUCAACAACUUAAUGAUUGGUAUCCAAUUCUCCUUAUUACUUGCUAUAAUGUGUUUGAUCUUACCGGCAAAUCCUUGACAGCAGUAUACCUCCUAGAGAAUGCAAAAAUUGCUAUAGGUUGUUGCGUAGCAAGACUGUUGUUUUUCCCUCUCUUCUUAGGAUGCUUGCACGGUCCGAAUUUCUUCCGGACAGAGAUUCCGGUGACAAUAUUGACUUGUCUCUUAGGGCUUACAAAUGGAUACUUGACCAGUGUAUUGAUGAUUUUGGCACCUAAAGCUGUGAAGUUACAUCAUGCAGAGACUGCAGGGAUUGUGAGCGUCUUGUUCUUAGCUUUAGGUCUGGCUGCUGGGUCUAUUAUAGCUUGGUUUUGGGUCGUCUGACUCAAAAAAUUACAUGUAUUGUGGCUUUACUUAAUCAGAAGUCAAAACUGGGACAUGUUUCAUUAAUUUGUAAGCUUCGCAAAUACAAAAAUUUGUAUAUGAAAGAAUAAUUUUCUACUAAAUAACUGUCGAACCACUGUUAGAGGCGCUAUAUGUAACAAUUUGGUCCCUUAA